AUGCGGGACCAAGUGUUGCUUCGACCAGUAUUCUUCUGCCGGCCUCCUGAGGAGCCGGCUGCCCGUUUUCACAGCCGCGGUAAGCGCCAUGGCAAGAAAAAGAUCUCUUUGAUGUACCUCCUGAAGGUCAUCUGCUCGAGCCAGGAGACAUGUCUGGACUGGCUGAAGAAUAAGGGACUCCUUCCUAGAGUCAUGUUCUGUCCCAACUGCUGCCGCAAGAUGAAGUUUGAAGUCAGCGAAGACGCCUUGGACGGGUACAUCUGGGAGUGCAAGGAAUGUCAACAAUUGGAGCCACCUCAAUUUUCUAGCAGGCAUGGCUCGUGGCUAGAAGAUAAAAAGGCCUCCCUGGUGGAUAUUUUGCUCUUUACUUACCUGUGGUCUCAUGAUUUUAAUGAUAUGCAAAUCAUGCGUGAGACCAACAUGUCCAUUGAAGAUGUGAAGAAAUGGAAUGAAAUAUACACUGACAUCUGCGACGCGCUCUGCCGUCGGAAAACAACGGAAGAAGACGAGGACAGCGGAGGAGAAAACAUUCUUGAAGUUAAUACGAAGGAAUCGCCUGUUGCAGUUUGGAGAAAGAAGAAUAAGUACCGCGAUCCUUUUAUUGAAUUUCUGAAGGAUGCAGAUUCCUUAUAACAGAUUUUGUUGUGGGUCGAGAGAGAACCAUUAUCUUUUCAACUGUUAGGUUUUCUU